AUGUCGGUCAUCUUGCGUCCAGGUGUGAGCGGCCAUGCUCGGUGUGCCGGACAUCGAAGCAGAGAGCUGCCGUCCGUCUCUUCUGGACACGGCUAUAAUCCCUGGCUGUGCCACCCCAAUUACUACCUUUCGGUGAAAGCGAUCAUCCUCCAUGCUCUGGUCUUUGGAUUUCUGAGCAAUCGAUCUCAAGAUUGCUCUCUCAUCGCGGCUGACUAUGCCUCGGAGAGUUCCAUACCGCGAGGCACGUUGUCAAUCUUGUCCCUGACUGGUAGGGGCGUAUCAGCCCUACAGUCGUUACUGAUAACUUCGGACGGUAGUUCUGAUUUCGUCCUCGAGGAUCCUGGUGUGCCUGCCGUACCACUACAGCAAAGCUCGGCAGACGAGCGCCUCUAUCGACCCAGACGUCCUCAUACCAAGUCCCGCAAUGGAUGUCUGGAGUGCAGACGACGACGCAUGAAGUGUGGAGAGGAGCGUCCAAUAUGUCUCCAAUGCUCGGAGCGAGACUUCACAUGUCGUUAUCGCGAGAACAGCCCUCCGAGACGAGAAUCGAGGACGAACGCGAUCACAACCACGGACAACAAUUCGACGAGGUUUAGUGGUCCAAUGACAUUCGAACUACAGCAGCAAUGUGUUCCACAACGAGGUGCAACAUUCUUCCCACCCGCCAUCUUCGACAACCCAGUCCAUUGCCAAGACGAAGUCCACAUCAUCCUCGACCACUUCACCCAACCUACCGACCCACCCUGGAUAGGAUCUCGCACUCUCCAGCACAUCAUGCAAACUCUCGGCGUCCACGUCGCUUCCUCGACUCCAUACCUCAUGCACACCAUCUUAGCCUUCUCAGCUGCACACCUCAGUCAUCUACAUCCUACCAACGCCAGGUGGCGAUUCGCGGCUAUAGCACAUUAUGACUACGCACUGUCGCUUUGGCAACAGCGUCUUGCUCGGAUCCCCUCUCCGGAGCGGGAUUUGGCUGCCAGGCUCUGCGCCAUCUUUUUGCAUGCUAUGCUGGCUAUCUUGCACUCGCCGACUGAGUUGAGGGACGGACUGGAACCGGAGGAGUGGAAACCAGGUUCGACCUGGGUCCCAUCCAUACUCGGUAUACACGGCUUACUGCACGGGCCAGGCGUGGACCUGACCGAGCUCGACCAAGAGAUCUGGGGACCGCUAUUGAGGCGAUAUCUGGCCCCGCCACGAGGCCCGGGUGGUUUGGAAGACAGCACGACCGGGAUCCAUGCCGCCUCUCCUGAGAGAGCCGUUCUAGCAAGCCUAGAGCAGAUCUGUAUCUCCCCAGACCCUGCCAAGAUCUCGUUGUACCGAAGCGCCCUCUCCCUCUGGCAUGGUCUCAUCGACUCCUCCCCACGCUCGAACGACGACAGCGAGAUGAUCGACGUCUUCUUCUCCGCAGCCUCACAGCUGACGCUCGAAUUUGCGAAUCUUCUCAAGGGUAAAGAUUCCCGCGCUAUCCUGCUUGUGGGAUUCGGGCUGGUCAUGUUGGGGAAACGGUGUUCAUGGUGGUGGGUAGCGGCCUCGACGAGGAGGAAGGGUCCACAAGCCAUUGAGUUCUUGCCUGCGCAGCGGGAAUAUGGGGAAGAUGGGAGGUUUACUGGCGUGGUGGCGUGGAUGGAGGAGUGGGUGUGGCGUGAUGAGGUGAGCUGA